CAGAAUAAACGCUGUAGGGACUUUUGGCGGACUUUUCAGUCCUUUUUUUAGAGGGGUUUCUUCUAGCUUACCCCCACGUCAGCCUUUCAAUCCAAUGAAAGUUCGAGCGCCACCGAUACUUGACAGUCCUGCUUUCAGCCUCCGAGUGUUCAAUGCGCCCAAUAAACCCGACAAUAUAUAUAUCCCGAAUCUAUAUACCAUCUCCAGAGCGGUCUUCGAAUGACAAUAUUGAACGUGUCAAUACGUUGAAAUUUUCAGUACAUAAAAUUGCGACUGUGGUAUUUGUCUCUCUCUUUAUAACAACCCCAUUACGUCUUUUUCAGACGUCGUCGACUAACAUGAACGACUUUGCUGAUCUAUCAACUUGGGGGGACUGGGAUCUCUUGACUGGCAUCGUAAACGAAACACCUGUUCAGACUCCAGGUAUGAAGCUGGAGUUGAAAUGUUAUGAUAUCCGCGAGAAUUCCAAAGGGGACAGAGUUCCUCUCCAAACCGGUAGGAAGAUAUCUUACGCUGCGGAACCUGAGGAAGCAAACGACUCUGCUAUGGUCGUCACAAAGACGUACUACAAAGACCAUACUCUGAAACAGACAGAGCUUGUUAUCCAGUCGCCUUAUAUUAUAGAGGCUAUAGAAUCAACUGUGCCCAAGAAGUAUCCAGGUACAAAUAUCACCAACAAGAAGAUCACAAUAUUUGGAAAUCCGGAAUGUUUGUUCCAUUACCGAAAAGAGCUCGUCGCAUAUGGUCGGCAACUCCAGGAUAGGACCGCUGCAGAGCAUGUGGCAUUCACCUUGAAUUACAUGGGUAAAGCGCUGGCUGACGAUAUUGCACAUUACAAAAAUUGCGCUGCAAAGCGUGAUCAACCUCCAGGGCUGGAUUUUGAUCGAUUAUGGAUGGAGUACAGACCUGGAGACUUGAUAUACGUAAAGGGCCGACGCGAGUCGUGGGUUGGAAGGCUGAUAUCCAUGAAACAUUCAGGCUUCCUUAUAACCAAUUGGUGGUUAACGCUGGAGAGGAUCACAUUGAUCGAAGAACUCUUAUACGUUUCCGAAAUAGUCGUUGUAUCAUCGUACAACGGAUUCAAAUACUUCAAAGAUCUGAACGCAUUUCCUUUGCGAUUUCAUCCUGACCGUAAAUCCAUCGAGCGAAAAAUGAUACAAAGAGGAAAAGCUUUCCAUGCUCUGAGAGGCGUGCAUCAACGGUUUUACAGUGGAAUUGCGCGAUGGGCUUCGGACAGGAAAACAGACCGCGAUUACGAUGAUGAUUGCCAUUUCGAAAAUUUUCAAGUUAAGAGUCGUGUUAUUAUCGACAACCAGUCUUACAUAGAAGCGCGUCCGGAUCAUACAGACCAAGAUUGCUAUGAAACAAGUAGAAUUGUCGAAGAGCUUGCCGAUCUAGUGUCUGAUGAGCAUCUUAUGAUAUGCCAUCAUGAAGUUUUUGGAUUCUCGCUGACCGACAAACGUUGGUGCGCAUUUAAUCUGGAUAACUUGCACGAGAUUAGUUUUGAUGCCGAAGCAUUUGAUAAUCUGAUCCUACCUGAUGAACAGAAAGGGACGUUAUUGGCCUUGGCCAAAACGUACACUGAUACCAAAUUCGAGUACGACGAUUUUAUCACAGGAAAAGGGAGGGGAUUGAUAAUUUUGCUGCAUGGAGAUCCUGGGUUAGGUAAAACACUUACUGCGGAAAGUACCGCAGACUAUAUCCAAAGACCUCUUUACCCUAUCCGCAGUGGAGAUUUGGGCAUUGAGGCGUCGGCUUUGGAAAAGUCUCUGGCAGACUCAUUUGCACAGGCUGCUAAAUGGAACGCCAUCAUUCUCUUGGACGAAGCAGAUGUGUUUCUCGAAGCACGCCAGCGAAACGAACUCCAGCGGAACAGUCUUGUUUCAAUCUUCUUACGGACCCUCGAGUACUAUCAAGGCUUCAUGUUCUUGACAACAAACCGCAUCGACUCCUUUGAUCCAGCGUUCAAAUCAAGAAUACAUUUGACGAUCAAGUAUCAUGCAUUAUCGACUGAGUCCAGACGGAUCUUGUGGCACAGCUUCAUCACCAAUGGGUCGAUGGAGUACGAUCAGUCAUGCCUUAACGAAAAGGUGCUGAAUGAGCUGGCGGCAACUUAUCUCAAUGGUCGCCAAAUUCGCAAUAUGGUACGGACGUCUUACGCGAUAGCUGCCAGCACUGGUUCUAUUCUGACGGCGCAGCAUCUGAGAAGGACUCUCAGGGCGAUGGCUGAAUUCGAACUGGAUCUGAAUGAGAAUUCGCCGCCGUCAGAAUCCCGUGAGCUAGAUAUGCAGUCAGGCUCCAACAAGCGACGACGAUUGGACUAGGCGAGGGCGAUUGAACAUUUGAAUCCAAAGCAUGGCGUUGAUCGAUCGAUUGAGUUGAUAUCGAACAUAUGAAUGCUCGAGGACAAAAAUAAUAAAGACCAGACAGAUCUAUAUGAUGUGAUAAG